AUUAAAAAAAAUGGCUUCCACCAACCAGUUUUUGGGAUUUAGAAACGAGUCCCCAGUCACUGGCAAAGGGAAGGUGAAUAUGGUACAGAAAUUGCACAUGGUGGCCGGAACAUGGGGUGUGAGGUGCAGCUUUCAUUCCCUUAUGGGCCUCCUGGUGGCUACACUGGUUGUUGCUGCUGUUUAUAUGACAGGAGAGGGUGGACGGUGGUUGGAAGAUCGGAAGUCAAUAUGUCAGAACUGCGGUGAAUCGUCGUGCUCUGGGUGCAAUUUGUUCUCGGGCAAGUGGGUGUUUGAUAAUAGCUCUCACCCUUUGUACAAGGAGAAGCAAUGCACUUUCAUGUCUGAUCAGUUGGCUUGUGAGAAGUUUGGGAGGCAGGAUUUGAGCUAUCAGAAUUGGAGAUGGCAGCCUCACCAAUGUGAUCUCCCCAGGUUCAAUGCCACAGCAUUGCUGGAGAGGCUGAGGGGUAAGAGGCUUGUGUUCGUCGGCGAUUCACUUAAUAGGGGCCAGUGGGUUUCAAUGGUCUGCCUGGUUGAUUCAUCCAUCCCUCCAAACCUCAAAUCCAUGCACACCAAUGGCUCCUUGACCACCUUCAAGGCCACUGAAUACAAUGCCACUAUAGAGUUCUAUUGGGCCCCAAUGCUAGUGGAAUCGAACUCUGAUGAUCCAGUGAUGCACCGAUUACCAGAACGGGUUGUGAGAGUGCAAGCAAUUGAAAAGCACGCAAGGCAUUGGACUGAUGCAGACAUACUCGUUUUCAACACCUAUCUUUGGUGGAGAAGGUCCAAAAUGAAAGUUCUGUGGGGAUCAUUUGAAAGCCCAGAUGGGAUUUACAAAGAUGUAGAGAUGGUACGCGUUUAUGAGAUGGCUCUCAAAACUUGGUCAGAUUGGUUGGAAGUUCAUGUCAACAGAAGCAAGACCCAGUUGUUUUUCGUUAGCAUGUCCCCAACUCACCAAAGGGCUGAAGAAUGGGGUGCAGCAGAAGGUCAAAAUUGUUACAGUGAAACAGAACUGAUUUCACAAGAGGGAUACUGGGGAAAUGGAUCAUGCCGCAAAAUGAUGGGAGUAGUAGACGACACAAUCGAUAGAUUGAAAAAAAGAGGUGUGAAUGUGAAAGUUCUUAACAUUACACAACUUUCAGAGUACAGGAAAGAGGGCCACCCAUCUAUCUACAGGAAGCAGUGGGAACCUCUAACAGAAGACCAAUUAUCAGACCCGAAAAGUUAUGCAGAUUGUAUACAUUGGUGCCUCCCUGGGGUCCCAGAUGUAUGGAAUGAGCUCCUGUAUGCCUACUUGCAUUAUUGAUGAAUUCCAAAAUGGAAAUAAAUUCAAGAUUUGUGAAGCUUUUGCAUUUGUCUUAAAA